AUAUGUGGCAUGCUUGGUAUGGGGAGGGUAUGCGGCGGAACAGUCCGGUAGUGUUACAUCCUGUAAGUGUAUCUCGAUCGCCGCCCACAGGUUUGAAUACUGCUGGUGGACACAUUUAUCACUGAUUUCAUUUCCUUCGCAUUGCUGUCUGCGGACACACGGCUAAUCUCGUGUGAUAUACUUAAGGAAAAAACAACACGAUUAGCGGUGUGCCAAUGAUCGUACGCAAGCAACCAUGGAGUGUGUGUGUGUGUGUAGUGUACCGAUAAACAUUAAGCGAGGGAGAUCAUACAGCAUGAAAAUACUAACACAAUAGCAAAACAAUUCUUCAAACAAUCCGUCCUGUAACGCAUAUUGUAACGGUGUUAAGUGUAGACAGCACAGACAAAAAAUGAGUAACCAUACGCGCACACGAGAUCGCACGCGGAUGGGGCUAGCAAGGUGUGCGAUGGGGCGGUAUCCACGGGUGUGGUAUCCAUGCCCACCUCCACACACCACAUCAGCUGGUCAGUAGGUGGUAAAAGUGCACGGUAAUCAGAUGGUAGUUAGCGCAGAGAGACUGUACUGUACUGACACACGCGCCGGGGGUCGUUGGUUACUUAUCACAGUCUAAGCGAACGCUUGCGGGGUGUAUCACAACCGUCGUCAGCCGAUCCAGGAAAGCGCGAUCAUCGGGUUUUGUUCGACGCAAUUCGAGAUGCAAAAGCAUGUGAUGUAAAGCCGGCGGACGGGACCAUUGAGUGAUCAAGAGGAACAUUGUUUGUGCGAAAAGUUUGUUAAGUGACAUUGGGGCGGUGUUCGAGGCGCGCUGUUAGAAACCAAAGAAAAGCGAACAUUUAAACAAAAAACUGUGUCACUGUAGAGAGGCAGAGAAAUGUCCGAAAAACGAUUCAAACGUCCGAGCGUUGCGAAUGGGGAUGGAUUGAUACUGUACUGCAAUCAGUAUAGCUACUACUGCCACAAGGUUCUACAGGCACUGCACGAGAAAGGGAUUCGGUUCACCAAGUAUGAGAUCGACGUCACGAACGAUGAACAUUUCUCCGAAUGGUUUCUGGAGCUGAAUCCACGUGCCGAGCUGCCGGUGCUGCAAAAUGGUUUGCUCAUCGUGCCCGGCUCAAACCGCAUACUGGACUAUCUGGAGGAAAACUACCCAAAAAACAAAUCGUUACGCAUGCCCAUCGAAACGGAUAAGCUGGUCGUUGGCUUUCGGCAAACGAUCGAACGCCUGCCGAUCGGGGUGAUUACGAUCGGAUCCUUCCUGCAUUCGCAGCACACGAGCAGUCCAAAGUUCCCGUUCGUGCUGCCCGUGCGUCAAACGAUCCUAGCGCGGGACGAAACGCUUGCCCACCGGUUACGAGCGUACGCGACGGCAUAUCCUGCGUUUGCGGAGGUUUUGCUAAAGAAGGCGGACUUUCACGAUCGCAAGCGCGCCAUCAUCGCUAGUGAGGAGUACUUUUGCAAGCUGCUAACGGCACUGGACGAAUUUCUGACCAGCGUCGAGCAGUAUCUCGCAACGAUCGACGUCGACCGCUGCUGGCUGGCAGGGACGGCGGACACGUUCACGAUGGUGGAUAUCAGUAUUGGGACGCUGCUGCAUCGCCUGUACGUGCUCGGGCUGGAGGAUCGUUUCUGGGGCGAGGGUAAGCGGCCCCAAGUGGCGCGGUACUUUGCGAAGAGUUGCCAACGCGAAUCGUUCCAGUGUGUGCUACCGUCGAAGGUGUCGAUCCUGCGCACGGUGUGGAUCAAUACGCCGCCCGUGUACAAGGCUGGGCUGGCGGCUGUCUCAUCCGUUUUAAUUAGUUCUACUCUUUUGAAACGAUAACGGAUGGGGGGGGUGUUUACAGAAAAAAACAUAAAUAUCAAGCCGGAUUGAAACACAUGGAACUAUAAUAAAUGAUUAUUAGGAAUGAAAAUUAUGAAAGGAUCAACUGAUGAGAGAUAAACAAACAGCAUACAAGCGUACAAGCGCAUGCAGGUCAAACACAAACACAAAUGGUUACGCGCGCGAGGUGGUGCAACACAACGAAUAAUAAAUAAUAGAUACGUUCAACACA